AUGUCAAAAGCAUUGUUGGGGAAACUCGACGACCUCAGCUGGGAGGCUUCAGAGUGGUCCGAGCUGCACCAUAACGACAGUGCUACGGAGCUGGACUCCGAUGCUCUGCUGCUCUCCAUCACCUCCCACGCCACAUCCAUCCAACUGAGUCUCCAGAAACCACACAGUUCCAGAUCCAGUCUACGACAACUACCUUCACGGAAGGCCUUGGAGUCGGGCUUGGACAGUUUGCAUACCAUGCUAGAAUGCCUAGAGGGCCUGGCGGAGCAGGAAAUGUUGGAAAUCCAGCGUUGCCUCGACGAAACCGUCUCCACACUCAAAAACUCCCCCGCCUGGAGCACCACGAUCUUUAAAAGGGGCGAUUUGUAUCCCCAGUCACGCCGCUAA